UCCUCCUCCUCCUCCUCCUCCUCCUCCUCCUCUUCUUCUUCCUCUUCUUCCUCUUCUUCCUCUUCUUCCUCUUCUUCCUCUUCUGCGCGGUGUCUGAACUCGACUUGCGGAGGAUUGGAGCUGAAUAAGAUCUCGACCAUCCAAUGCAUAGUGAACAACAAUGCAAAGGUUGUACAGACUCUUGACGAGAUCCUCCAGUGCCGGUGCUCCGAAGAUGGGUACCAGCUAGCAAUCCUUUUUGUGGUGAUUCUCAAAGUCCUAGGCUGGUAUGCGACAAUCAUUCGACCGCUCCUAGGUGUGGAGGCGCACAGUCCGAGAGCGGGAGAGGGGACGACGGGGCGUACCGAAUCCCUCGUGGAGACUCAGCUUUUCUCCUCAUCCUAUAUGGACUCUGGUCAGCAGAUCUCGCCCAAAAUCACCAUGGGGCCCCCUCUCGCGUACGGGAGGGAAGGCGAGGGCAAGACUCGCAUGGCGGCGCAGCUGAUUCUCAGCCAGCUGCAUCGCGUCCAGCGGCUCGUAAAUAUCCUAUGCCACCGUUUCAAACUCCACAGCAACCGUGAACAGAACCCAGCCUGGAACUCCAGCACGGCGUCCACUGCCACCGAGCCCGAAGAACCUGCUGACAUCGAGCAUCUCUAUCCUUUCUCAAGUCUUGUAUUUGACCAGAUCGAGAAGGAUGUGCGCGGGCGUCUCCGAUCUCUUUCCACCGAGCUCCUAGAGAUGCUACGCUACUAGCGGUUAUUUCUCCCUCAAUCUCAUACACACUUCCAGGAUUCGUGGUUGUGGCUGUAAUCCGGUUACGCGAUCCAGUGCUUAUUCAUCUAUGCGGCUUUCUUACAGAAAUGUCCGUUAGUUAGGUCAACGAUAAUAACCAAUCACCAAGCAAUCAACGAACUAACCUCGGGCUCGCCCGCUUGAGCUUCCAAGUCCGUUGGGAAUAUUCUCUGGCAAUCUGACUCAACUGCAAAGAACUGUCUUAAAGCCUCAGGAACAAGUCAGAUAAUGUUGACUCAAUAUAUUAGUGGUCUGGUCCAGUAACCGCGAUAUGGGUAACGUAAUCGGUAAGCGAGCUGGCAGCCGUAUAUUGCAUAGGCCUAGGAAUGAUUGCG